UCACACAAAUAUUUUAUAUCUUCUAAGCUUGCACACACAUUUUGUACCUCAAAAACUCAGCCUUAAAUCCAGAAUUUAUAAGAGAUCACCAGAUUCGACGGCCAGAUGGAGAAGUUGACGCUAAUGGAUCCCAAUGCGGGGGAACAAGUGGACUAUGUGCUCGACGAGAAACUGGAUCUGCUGGCUGAACUGGGCGAUUGUCACAAGAGCAAUUUGGGGGACAUUGAUGUGAUAGCGCGAACGACCAACAAAUGUCAAUCGGUAAAUGCUCGGAUGAUUUCGGUGGUCAGUCAGGGAACGGCAUUGGAGCAACCACAUACCACUGUCGCUGCCGCUGAGGAGACCGAAUCCCAGGAGGAGGAAACGGAGCAAGUGCCCUACGGAUUGGUCGAGGAGGAGGUGACCUCGGAUGAGGAGUCCAAGACCCUGGGGGCCAUUCAUGGACUUGAUCAGAUCUUGAAGCGUAUCGAUAUACUGCAGAGUCAGAUCCGAAGACAUCAGCAGUUGGGGAAUAGUACCGAGCAGUCGGAGGACCAGGUCUCCUGCAGUGGGCUAAAUGCAAAGCACUCGGAGAUUCGCUGCAUUCAACGGGCCCAGCACCACAUCCAGUGUCAGAUCACCGAGCUGCUGUGUCGCUACGAGGGUCUCCGGGAAAUGCUACGAACCCUCAGCCAAAACUGGGCCUGUCUGGAGCGCCGGAUUGCCGACAUUCGCAGCCACAACGUGGUGCAUCUGGAGUGGACCCAGGAGUCGGCCAACGAUCUCAGCAACUGCCAGCAACGCCACCGAUCCCUGGCCGCCGUUAAACUGACCAAGAAGAUGGCCCUUCUCGUCACCAAGACGAACAUGUCCAGCGGUUUUCGCUAUAGCCGUCGAUUCCUUCGACACGCCCUCCUCAAUCGACAUAUCAAAGACUUUCGCUACGAAAUCGCCGAGUUAAAGCUCUUGAGUGAAGAAAUCUGUACCGAAAUCGAUAAGCGAUUGGAUAGAAUCAAGACCAAGGCCCUCGAAAUGGGUAUUCAAAUUGGCAGCACGCCGCGCGAAUCCAAUACGGUCGCCGAGGUAGCCGAGGUCUUUGCCGUCGCAAGGAACCCUAAUCCAAAAGUUAUGGGGAAAUAAUGAAGUUAUGAAGAACAUGCAAUUAGAAAUUGAUUAGAAAACACCAUAUAAUUAUCGGGAUAACUGGGAAAAAUAUAUGUUUUUGGGAAAUUAUGGCAGCAAGUUACAAAAAGAAGGAAUGAAAGAAAUAAAAAGAUCAUGCAUCAGUCCAUCACGUAUAAUAUUUAGAAUAAUAUGAUGGGAAAAUGUAUCUAA